CUUCCGCCGCUGGAAGUAAACAGAGAGCGAGGCAGGGAGGGAGCGGAGCGGCGACGCGGGCAGGACGGGACCGACCGGACGGAGGAGGCGGCGCUGGGGUCGGCUUUGGCGGAGAGAGCUGAUGUGGCCGGAGCGGAGGCGCCAGCGCGGCCCGAGCCCCGGUUAAUGCGAAGCGCAGCAGGGAGCCGCCAGAAUGAAACGAGGAAGGAAAACUAAUGAGGCCAACAGCAGUUCAUCUGAAGACACAACUGAGAAGGAAUCCAAGAGACACAAGGUUAUAGAAAAGAAAACCACAGUUGGGCAGACUCCUGACUGGGCAAACCUGCUCCAAGACAUUAUCCUGCAGGUGUUCCAGUACUUGCCGCUUCUGGAUCGUGCUCAUGCAUCCCAGGUGUGCAGGAGCUGGAACCAGGUGUUUCACAUGCCUGAUCUCUGGAGGUGCUUCGAGUUUGAACUGAAUCAACCAGCCACAUCCAACCUGAGGACUACACACCCCGAACUCAUCAAGCAGAUAAUAAAGAGGCAUUCCAACCACCUGCAGUAUGUUAGCUUCAAGGUGGACAGUAGCAAGGAAUCUGCAGAAGCAGCUUGUGAUAUUUUAUCACAGCUUGUGAAUUGCUCUCUGAAAACACUUGGGCUAAUUUCAACUGCCCGGCCAAGCUUCAUGGAUUUACCAAAGUCUCACUUUAUUUCUGCACUGACAGUGGUGUUUGUGAACUCUAAAUCUCUCUCUUCACUGAAGAUUGAUGACACACCAGUAGAUGAUCCAUCUCUCAAGGUUCUGGUGGCUAACAACAGCGACACACUCAAACUGUUGAAAAUGAGCAGUUGUCCUCAUGUUUCUCCAGCUGGUAUCCUUUGUGUGGCUGACCAGUGCCACGGCUUGCGUGAGCUGGCGCUGAACUACCACCUGCUGAGCGACGAGCUGCUGCUUGCUCUGUCUUCUGAGAAACACGUCAGGCUAGAACACUUGCGCAUUGACGUUGUCAGUGAAAAUCCCGGACAGACUCAGUUCCACACGAUUCAGAAGAGCAGCUGGGACGCUUUCAUCAAGCAUUCUCCUAAAGUGAAUCUAGUCAUGUACUUUUUCUUGUACGAGGAGGAGUUUGACCCGUUCUUUCGUUACGAGAUCCCCGUCACUCACCUGUACUUCGGGCGGUCGGUCAGCAAGGACGUGCUGGGCCGCGUGGGGCUGACGUGCCCGCGCCUGGUGGAACUGGUGGUGUGUGCCAAUGGAUUGCGGCCGCUGGACGAGGAGCUCAUCUGCAUCGCCGAGCGGUGCAAGUACCUGUCGGCCGUGGGCCUCGGGGAAUGUGAAGUCUCUUGCAGUGCCUUUGUUGAGUUUGUCAAGAUGUGUGGCGGUCGCCUCUCUCAGCUCUCUAUUAUGGAGGAAGUUUUGAUUCCUGAUCAGAAAUACAGCUUAGAGCAGAUUCACUGGGAGGUUUCAAAACAUCUUGGUAGAGUCUGGUUCCCAGAUAUGAUGCCCACUUGGUAAAGUCCUUAAAAGACUCCAGGGCGAAUGGAGUAGCACCUUAAACCCAAGCUUACCAUAUUGCAAUUUCCUGUAUAAGCUUAUUUAAUAAUAUAGAUUUUACUGCAAGUUAAUUAAUGGUUUGAUUAAAAAAAUUAUUUUUCUUUCAAAAAUUGUUUUGGAACUUACGAACCAGAAAUAGAGUUCACAGCUCCAAAACCUGUUUUCAUCCAAACAAAAUUCAGCUUUCUAUUUUAUUCUUUGUCAUUUCAAGUGACCUCAAAUUUUUGGAAAUGAAAAAAAAAUUAUUUAAAAUAUUGAAAUGUACUUGCAAAAUACCAGUUUUGAUAUGCUGUUUUUCCUUGAUUUAGAUUAGUAGUAUUGGACAUAAUCAUAUUUGUUCUUAAAAAGCCAAACAAAACCCCACCAAAAUUGCAUGCUUUUGUUGCAGACUGUAGCAUUUCUAAGUCCAGUCACCUCGAUGACAAGAUGGCUAUGAUAAGAAGUAUUUAGUAGCCCUUAAAAUAUACACAUUCUGUUAAGUCAUAAAGGCAAGAGCAAUACACUAUAAUAAGUUUAGACAUCUAAAGCAGUAAGUUUACCACCUUAUUCAGCAGAUUAUUACAUCCAUCUAAAAUGUAUUUAGAGCGCUAAUGACCAGUAGUGUGAGCUACCAAAAGCGGUGUGGGGUUUUUUCCACCCUCUAUGCAUUUUAAUGUAGUUUGCUUAUGGGGUCUCAGAUCUGCGUCUAAACCUGUUUUAAGGUAUUUUAUGUCUAGCUCAGGAAGCGAAAGCAUUCUGGGGAAAAAUGUAGAUACAUUGUAUUUAAAACCACACUGGAGUUAAUGAGCUUUUCUUGCACAUUAACCGGUUUGGCAGCAUACGGCCAGAUGGAAUAAUGUAUGGUUUGUGAAAUGAACCCAGCAAUGUUAUUCUGAUGACGUGGGUGUGAGCAGUUGGAGGUGAGAAAGGUAAAAGUUGAAUGUUGACCAAGAACCUUUUCACAAAACCUUAGACCUUUUGGCUGCUUUCAGUUUGACAGAAAUGAUGUUGGAACAGUUGCUUACGCUGUAUAAACUAACUGUAUACUGUAAAUCUGUUUCAGAAAUGUUUAUGUAUAAAGUGGAUGUUUGAUAGAUAAUAAUUUUUGUAUACCUUUAA